UGUGGAGACAGGUGCCCAGCAGCCCAGGAAGCCGGCCAACACCCGCCCCAGCUUUAGGCUCUGCUGUCCCCGUGAGCACAUCGCCAUGUCUGAGGCGCCCCGGGCAGAGACUUUCGUCUUCCUGGAUCUGGAAGCCACCGGGCUCCCCAGUGUCAAUCCUGAGGUGGCCGAGAUAUCCCUGUUUGCAGUGCACCGCUCCUCCCUGGAGAACCCAGACCGAGAUGAGGCUGGUGCCCCUGUGCUGCCCCGGGUCCUGGACAAGCUCACGCUGUGUAUGAGCCCGGAGCGCCCUUUCACGGCCAAGGCCAGUGAGAUCACUGGCCUGAGCAGUGCCAGCCUGGCGCGGUGCCGGAAGGCUGGCUUCGACGCCGCUGUGGUGCGGACGCUGCAGGCCUUCCUGAGCCGCCAGGAGGGCCCCCUCUGCCUCGUGGCCCACAACGGCUUUGAUUACGACUUCCCGCUGCUGUGCACGGAGCUGCGGCGCCUGGGCGCCCGCCUGCCCGCGGACACCGUCUGCCUGGACACACUGCCCGCGCUGCGGAGCCUGGACCGUGCCCACAGCCAUGGCACCAGGGCCCAGGGCUGCAAGGGUUACAGCCUGGGCAGCCUCUUCCGCCGCUACUUCCAGGCGGAGCCCAGCGCAGCCCACUCGGCCGAGGGCGAUGUCCACACGCUGCUCCUGGUCUUCCUGCACCGGGCUGCCGAGCUGCUUGGCUGGGCCGACGAGCAGGCCCGAAGCUGGGCCCACAUCGAGCCCAUGUAUGUGCCACCCGAUGGCCCGAGCCUUGAAGCCUGAGUGCCAGGGGCUUGGCGAGGCCACCUCCCAGCGGGGAUGAGGCCCACUCCCAGCACCGUGGGCGGCACCGGCUCUGACUGUUCCGUUGGGCUUUGGGGCCUGGAGCUAGCCCCAGACCAGUGCCCUGCUGUCCCUCCCUGUCCUCUUAGCCCGCUAGCCCUGGGUGUGUGCAGGGCCUGCUCCUGGCCCUGGCCUGUGUAGCCCUGUGGCCCGAGAGCUUUCUCCCGGCCCCCCGGACUGUGCUCUAGCGGUUUGCUGCUGCAGGCUCCCGCCCUUCACCUGGUCUCAAUAAACAUCAA